UAUAGCAUUUUAAGACAAAGUGAUUCCUAUUCGUCAGUAGGUUCGUGUGCGUUUCUUGCGUAAUCUGACGUGACCUUCUGUUGUACGCUUGAAGAGACAUAGUUUUGGGAAAUAGAGUCAAAUCUCUUGCGUCACUGAGACUGUGAAGACUGUGCUUUACCAAAACCGUGCGUCUGGAGUGCGUCUGGAGUAACCCGCCCCUCACGGACAUUUAAACGCACUAAUUGGACGGUCUUUCUUUCCUUUUUUUUUCUUUUCUUUUUUUUUUUUUUUUUUUGUUAACCAGCGGUUUCUUUCUUGAUUCUUACUUACAUUACACACCCACAUGCAGGUUCCUUUCGGCUCCGUCUGAAUUAGGCUGCAGGUAGAUUGUGAACCUUUGGAGACUUGCGCGUAAAAAUGGCUCUCAAACUGCUCAUCCUCUUCUCUUUGUGCUGCCUAAUACGCAGUCAAGAGACCACAGAUCCAAUCUCGCUAGAUGACUGCUGUAAGGAUGGUAGAGAGAAGGCCACAGAAUCCCAGGACUGCACACGUAUCCCUCUUAUUUCAGAAUCUACAACCUGCAGGAUAGCCCAGGAACAGUGCUGUGCUGCAGUUCUGGAGGAUAUCACAUGUAGUAAAGGUAUCAUUAUGGCCAAGGACCAGAACAGCUGUGAUGCUCUUCUUUCUGGAAACACCUGCGAGACUAAAACCGCUAAGGUGUGUUGCGAGUGCUGUUUACUGGGUCAGGAGGCUCAGAAACACGGUCUGACGUGUGACUUUAAACUCAGCUCUCAGUGUGGAUCCGUUUUUCAAUCGUGCUGUCAGAAGAAAUCAGCAGAGAAUGACAGCAACUCUUCUCAAGACAGCACUGUUAUUUUUGAGGAACACAAAUCAGGUCCAGGUGAAGAGUGCAAAGUUGGACCUGGGAACUGUGCUCACAAUUGUAUAGGAAAUAACACCUGCACCUGCUUUACUGGUUAUAAGCUCAAACCUGAUGGGAAAAACUGUGAAGACAUUAACGAGUGUUUGCUGGGAUCUCAUCACUGCCGUCCCGGUGAAGCCUGUAUUAAUACUCUGGGCUUGUACCGGUGCCAGAGGGAGACCAGCUGUGGUACAGGCUAUGAGCUCACUGACAGCAACAGCUGCAAAGAUAUUGAUGAGUGUGAGACAGGCACUCAUAACUGUCCUCUGGAGUUUGAGUGCCAGAACACGCCGGGGUCGUUCCGCUGCCGACCCAAAAUGCAAUGCCAUACGGGAUUCAUACAGGACGCCCUGGGCAGCUGCAUUGAUAUCAACGAGUGUCUGACUCUGGCAGCGCCAUGUUCGACUGGACAGGUGUGUUUGAACACUGUUGGCUCUUACACGUGCCAGAGGAACUCGGUUAACUGUGGACGCGGCUAUCACCUUAAUGCUGAGGGGACACGUUGUGUGGAUAUUGAUGAGUGUACUGGUGGGGAUGAUGCGUGUGCUGGUCACAGCUGUGUCAACCUUGUGGGUUCUUACCGCUGUGAAUGCAGAACUGGUUUUAACUUUAAUAGCAUCACCAGGACCUGUGAGGAUAUUAACGAAUGCCGGCACUAUCCUGGUCGCCUGUGUGCACAUAAGUGUGACAAUAUUCUGGGGUCCUACAAGUGCAGCUGCACCACAGGCUUCAAGUUAGCCUCCGACGGCAGGAACUGUGACGACCUCAAUGAGUGUGACAGCAAUCCAUGCAGUCAAGAGUGUGCCAACGUUUAUGGAUCCUUCCAGUGCUACUGCCGCCGAGGCUACCAGCUGAGCGAUGUGGAUGGAUCUACAUGUGAAGACAUUGAUGAGUGUGCUUUGCCCACCGGAGGACAUAUCUGUUCCUACCGUUGCCACAACACGCCAGGCAGCUUCCACUGCACGUGCCCCGUUAAAGGCUACACACUUGCAUCUAAUGGACGCAGCUGUCAGGACAUCGAUGAGUGUGUGGCAGGGACACACACUUGCUCAGAAACAGAGAGUUGCUUUAACAUUCAAGGAGGAUUCAGAUGCCUGAAUUUCGGAUGCCCUACCAACUACAGGCGCUCGAGUGAAACUCGCUGUGAACGCUUGCCUUGCAAUGAGACUAGUGAAUGCCUGGCCUUGCCUGUGAGAAUAACCUACUACCAUCUCACUUUUCCCACCAACAUCCUUGUACCCACCAACAUCUUCCACACGGGUCCUUCCAACACUGUGCUUGGAGACAGCCUGCAGUUGGCCAUAGUGGACGGAAACCAAGCGGGCUACUUUGCUGUGCAGAGGCUAGAGAACAGAGGUGUCGUUGUUGUUCAGAAGCCGAUUACCGUCCCGCAGGACUUUGAAAUCUUAAUGGAAAUGAAACUGUGGCGCGUCGGGAUUCCAAGCACCUACCUUUCCAAAAUACGGGUGUUCGUAACCGAAGAAGACCUUACUAAUUCGGUCAUUUCCCAUGACGAUUAAUUGAUUAGUAAUACUUUGAAAUCGUUUGAUUUUUUUUUUUUAGAAACUAUUUUAGUAGCAGUUCUGCCUUCGUUUUCCUACGACUGCAGACGAUUAGCUAGUAAACAUGUUACAAUUGGCUGUUAUUGUUAUCAGUAAACUUAAUUUGUAUAGGCAUCACCGGUAGCAGCUACAGUACUGUAUGUUCUCCUCAGGUGUGGUUCAAUCAAAAAAUACUUGAUAUGGGGUUUUUAACAUAGAUUUUUGAUAUUCCUGUAACGUACGAGUAGAUGGUGCAUGGUUUUAGAGUUGGGUUCACCUGAUAAUAAUCUUUAAUUAUUGUCAGUUUUAUAUGGGUAUACGUCACAAGGUACCUUUAGUACCUUUAAAUGAUUUGUUCAUUAUGUAUCUGUAGUACCUUUUAAUACCUUUAUAUGUUUUGUGCGUUAUCUAGAUCUUGUUUUUUUUGCGCUUAUGAGACCUGGACUGUCCUUUGAUUUAGUCCGUUUAUUCGUUAAAUAAAUGAUUACAUUUUUAAUGAUUACAAAAAAUGUCUAGAAUACAUCAUUAUAAAUGAUUUACAUCAUUUAAAACAAUAAAUAUUUCUCGAAACAUUUUAUAAUUAUUGCCACCCACUGAAAUUGGAAUGGAAGAAAAAUUCCAUUCGUAAAAGUUUAAUUGUUUCCCCUGGAUUAUUAU